AUGUCUCGUUUCAGUAUUAGCCAAGUAUGAAAACCAAAUAAACGUGUUUUCGGAGUUCCUUGAAGACUUGCCUGACACCGAUGAACCAGUAUGGGUUUUAGGAGAGUGUUACAAUGCUAAAACAGGUAGGCUGGCAUCUUCUAGCAGUCAUAUUGUGAUUUAUAUGUGGAGGAAAAACUGAAUGAAGGCAUGACAGUCUUUCUUGUUGUGUGUUCACAGAAAAGACUGAGCUACUAUCAGACGUCCACUCGCGGUUAUGGUUUACCUACAGGAAAAAAUUCUCUCCCAUUGGUGAGUGAAACAGGCAGAGGUUAUGUAAAAUCUGAUUGUUGGCUACCCAGCUAACAAUUCUACGGAGAGAGAACGUUUUUGUAAUGUUAUCUGUAAUGUUCCCGUAAUGUUUUAGUGUCCAGUUUUCCGUUAGUUAGGGGAACAUUUAUUUAUAUGUUGGGAAAAACCUUCUGAGAACCUUUUUAUAAUGUUUUGGUGUUAAAGUUAGGAGAACUUUCCCUUAAUGUCAAGCAGAACUUAUCUAGAACGUGGUUACAAUGUUCUCAGAAUAUGCAACAUUACUGUUCUAGAUGUGUUUUAUGGGACGUUGGAAGAAUAUUCCUGUGUCCAGUUUUCUAACGGUUAGGAGAAUAUUCCAUUACCGUCCCACAGAACAUGGUUGCAUCUUCUCAGAAUGUAAGAUAUUAAUGUUCUAGACGUUUCAUACACAUCAUGCCUUGUUACUGUUGCCAAGCCCAUCAAGGCCCUGAUUGGUGAACCACUGAUCUAUUCACAGCUCUUUUUGUCUGUUGGCAAGGUUAGGGAUACUCACACACACACAGUGCUUUUAACAUAGUGUUUUUAACUUGCAUAUUUGACACACGUUGCCAUACGUGAUUACUUUGUGUAUGUUCAUUUAUACAGUAAUUAUUAAAAUAUUUUAUUGAUCAUAGUGAUUCAGGAGUAUCAUUAAAACAGGUUAAUAUGCCCCACCAACAUUAGACCUCUAUACAGAUUGUCAUUCAAUUGCUGAAAUAAGUCAAUAAAAUCAAUGAUGAGAAUAGUCCGAUUAACUGAUACCUGACAUGGACAUAUGGUGGCGUAGCAGAAAGAUCGGAGUACCGUGAACCAAGAGGUUGUGAGUUCAAAUCCCAGGUGAGGACAUGUUGAAUAAUAAUAAUUGAAUAAAUGAACAUGCACAAUGUAAUGAUGUAUGUCAAAUAUGGAAGUUGAAAACACUGUUAAAAGCACUGUGUGUGUGACUAUCCCUAACCUUGCCAACAGCAUUAGCGCAAUUACUGAAAGUCUAUGGGUAUCUGCUAGCAUGCUUUUUAAUACUAGCAGAUAUCCAUAGACUUCCAGUCAUUGUGAUAACGCUAGUUAGCAUUGGCUCACGAAACUAUCUCUAACUUCCUUUAUACUGGACACAGAGACAUAAAAACCGGUAUUCAUGAGUUCAUCUGAUUCUGGAGAAGUAGAUAAAGGGCCUCAUUGCCAAAAUCCCAAAGUAUCCCUUUAAGGGUGGCAGGUAGCCUAGCGGUUAGAGGCAAGCCGGCAACCGGAGGGUUGCCAGUUCAAAUCCCGGAACUAGGGGAAAAAUCUGGCGGGAAGUGAGCUAGCAUCCGGAGGGUUGCUGGUAUCAAAUCCUAGAUGCCAUUACCUGCCGUUGUGCCCUUGAGUAAGGCACUUAACCCCCCACAACAGCUUCCCGGGCGCCAAGCGUGGCCACCAACACCUUUCCUAAACCUCUAUAUGUACGUGUCUCUUUUUCGGGGGGGUUGGGUUAAUAGCGGAAGUCAAAUUUCGGUUGGACCUUGUGUGCAAUUGACAAAUAAAGUAAUCUUAAUCUUAAGUGUCUAUCUUGGUUUGAUCCAGGGGGAACAGGCCCCUCUUCGGAUGCAGGCUGGGGAUGCAUGCUACGGUGUGGGCAGAUGAUCCUGGCACAGGCCCUGGUAUGCUCACAGCUGGGACGAGGUGAGGAGGGGACGGGUCAUGAACAUGUAUGGGGUGGGGAUGUAUGGAACUGCAUUAGCAAAGGGGGUGUUUAUACAGUGCAUUUGGAAAGUAUUCAGACCCCUUGACUUUUUCCACAUUUUGUUAGGUUACAGCCUUAUUCUAAAAUGGAUUAAAUUAUUUUUUUCCCUCAUCAAUCUACACACAAUACCGCAUAAUGACAAGCGAAAAACAGGUUGUUUGAAAUGUUUGCAAAUGUAUUAAAAAUAAAAGAAGAACCUUUGCUAUGAGACUCGAAUUUGAGCUCAGGUACAUCCUGUUUCCAUUGAUCAUCCUUGAGAUGUUUCUACAACUUGAUUGGAGUCCACCUGUGGUAAAUUCAAUUAAUUAGACAUGAUUUGGAAAGGCACACACCUGUCUAUAUAAGGUCCCACAGUUGACACUGCAUGUCAGAGCAAAAACCAAGCCAUGAGGUCGAAGGAAUUGUCCGUAGAGCGCCGAGACAGGAUUGUGUCGAGGCACAGAUCUGGGGAAGGGCACCAAAACAUUUCUGCAGCAUUGAACGUCCCCAAGAACAAAGUGUCCUCCAUCAUUCUUAAACGGAAGAAGUCUGGAACCACCAAGACUCUUCCCAGAGCUGGCCACCUGGCCAAACUGAGCAAUUGGGGGAGAAGGGCCUUGGUCAGGGAGGUGACCAAGAACCCAAUGGUCACUCUGACAGAGCUCCAGAGUUCCUCUGUGGAAAUGGGAGAACCUCCCAGAAGGACAACCAUCUCUGCAGCACUCCACUAAUCAGGCCUUUAUGGUAGAGUGGCCAGACGGAAGUCACUCCUCAGUAAAAGGCACAUGACAGCCCGCUUGGAGUUUGCCAAAAGGCACCUAAAGGACUCUCAGACCAUGAGAAACAAGAUUCUCUGGUCUGAUGAAACCAAGAUUGAACUCUUUGGCCUGAAGGCCAAGCGUCACAUCUGGAAGAAACCUGGCACCAUCGCUACGGUGAAGCAUGGUGGUGGCAGCAUCAUGCUGUGGGGAUGUUUUUCAGCGGCAGGGACUGGGAGACCAGUCAGGAUCGAGGGAAAGAUGAAUGGAGCAAAGUACAGAGAGAUCCUUGAUGAAAACCUGCUCCAGAGCGCUCAGGACCUCAGACUGGGGCGAAGGUUCACAUUCCAACAGGACAACAACCCUAAGCACACAGCCAAGACAAUGCAGGGGUGGCUUCGGGACAAGUCUCUGAAUGUCCUUGAGUGGCCAGCCAGAGCCCGGACUUGAACCCGAUCUAACAUCUCUGGAGAGACCUGAAAAGAGCUGUGCAGCGACGCUCCCCAUCCAACCUGACAGAGCUUGAGAGGAUCUGCAGAGAAGAAUGGGAGAAACUCCCCAAAUACAGGUGUGCCAAGCUUGUAGCGUCAUACCCAAGAAGACUCGAUGCUGUAAUCGCUGCCAAAGGUGCUUCAACAAAGUACUGAGUAAAGGGUCUGAAUACUUAUGUAAAUGUGAUAUUUCCGUUUUUUAUUUUAUUUAUAAAUGUCAUUAUGGGGUAUUGUGUGUAGAUUGGUGAGGGAAAAAACAAUGUAAUCUAUUUUAGAAUAAGGCUGUAACGUAACAAAAUGUGGGAAAAAGUCAAGGGGUCUUAAUACUUUCCAAAUGCACUGUAUGUGAAGGAUUCAUCUGGUCAUGAUAUGUAUUCUACGACGUAGUCAAUUAAACAGUGAGAAAGAGAAAGGGUUUUUAAUCAGACAGGGUAUGAGAAUGACACAGUGAUUGUGGCCUGUUUUCCUGCUGUAGCCUGGCGUUGGAGGGCAGAGGGAGAACAGCCGGAGGAGUACCAGCGUAUCCUCCACUGUUUCCUGGAUAGGAAAGACAGCUGUUACUCCAUACAUCAAAUGGGUAAGAGAGUGUCCUAGCCUAACCCUGCCUUUACCUUGGCCUGACCAUACUUACAGUACCCUGAAUUAGCAGAUCGAAUGGGGUUUUCUAGCACAUUCCUAUAUAUUUCUGGAUGACUGUCCUCAAAGUAAAAAUGUGUAACUUGAAGGAACAUCAAAUAGCCUGAUGAAUCAAUGACCGGCUAGACAGGCUAGAAAGAAGCUAAGACUUAGACCAGAGAUGACCGGCUAGACAGGCUAGACAGAAGCUAAGACUUAGACCAGAGAUGACCGGCUAGACAGGCUAGACAGAAGCUAAGACUUAGACCAGAGAUGACUGGCUAGACAGGCUAGAAAGAAGCUAAGACUUAGACCAGAGAUGACCGGCUAGACAGGCUAGACAGAAGCUAAGACUUAGACCAGAGAUGUAGGCCCGCGGAUCAAUUUCCCAACAAACAAAAAAAUACACAAAUAUUGUUUGAAUAGUAGAAUACACAAGGUGCAAUAUCGAAAUUUUUGUUGUGCAUCAUCAGUUUUUCUUUUGUUAUGUCAGUCACUAACAGUCACUCAAUUAGCCCACCAUGUCAGCUAACAUUUGUUAGAUUGGUAAAUUAGUCCAGGGGCCAGCUAUCUAAACUUGUAGUAAUCAUGGUCGAAUUACUAGCCUGGGAGCCCCCAUUGAUUUUGUUAGUCACUCUCAUUCAGAUAUCAUUAUAAAAACUGCAAACGUUUCUCCCCAACCAAUGGUGAAAUGUGUAGAAUUGCAGGAAAUAAGGUGUAAAACUGCAACAUUUUCUCUACGGCCCAUGGCAAAAUGUGUAGAAUUGCAGGAAAUUAACUCAAAAAUGUUUUCUCUCCGCUGUCAAGAGCAGGGCCGCUAAAAUGUUUGCUCGCAAGGUGAGGGUAUGGAUGUGGGUACGCAGACCCGCGAGCCACUGCGGCCCCCCCAUGAUGAGUUCAGAUUUCUUGUGGCCCCAACCCCCAUCAAAGUUGCACAUCCCUGACUUAGACCAUUGGAGUGAACUUGGUUUUCCUUUAUUGGUUUUUCUACUUGCAGCUCAGAUGGGAGUUGGUGAAGGGAAGUCUGUAGGAGAGUGGUAUGGCCCAAACACAGUUGCACAAGUGCUCAAGUAAGUAUUUUAUAUGCGUGUUUUAAGACUGAUUUAUUCAGAUUCACGUGUAAACGGGAAGUAACAACUUUCGAGAAUUGUACUUCUGGGUAACCGAGAUUAAUACAUUUCAGAAUAUUUGAUUGUCAGAUUGAAAAUGUCAGUAGAGUGACCUCUAGAAAAAAUAUGUUUGUGGCAUAAAUAAACCUAUUAUCUCUCGUCAGGAAACUUGCGCUAUUUGAUGACUGGAAUUCUCUUGCUGUGUAUGUGUCAAUGGACAACACCGUUGUGAUCGAGGACAUCAGUACGUUUUUUCCCUCACUUGCUAAAUAUACAGUGCCUUCGGAAAGUAUUCAGACCCCUUGACUUUUUCCACAUUUUGUAACGUUACAGCCUUAUUCUAAAAUAGAUUUUAAAAAAUCCUCAACAAUCUACACACACUACCCCAUAAUGAAAAAGCGAAACAGGUUUUUAGAAAUGUUUGCAAAUUUAUCAUUAUUAUUAUUAUUAUUAUUUUAUUUUUUUACUUUUUUACAUAGGUAUUCAGCCCCUUUGCUAUGAGACCUGAAAUUGAGCUCAGGUGCAUCCUGUUUCCAUGGAUCAUCCUUGAGAUGUUUCUACAACUUGAUUGGAGUCCACAGUUGACAGUGCAUGUCAGAGCAAAAACCAAGCCAUGAGGUCAACAGAAUUUUCCGUAGAGCUCCGAGAGGAUUUUGUCGAGGCACAGAUCUGGGGAAGGGUACCAAAAAAUGUCUGCAGCAUUGAAGGUCCCCAAAAACACAGUGGCCUCCAUCGUUCUUAAAUGGAAUAAGUUUGGAACCACCAAGACUCUUCCAAGAGCUGGCCACCUGGCCAAACUGAGCAAUCGGGGGAGAAGGGCCUUGGUCAGGGAUGUGACCAAGAACAUGAUGGUCACUCUGACAGAGCUCUGGAGUUCCUCUGUGGAAAUGGGAGAACCUUCCAGAAGGACAACCAUCUCUGCAGCACUCCACCAAUCAGGCCUUUAUGGUAGAGUGGCCAUAAGGAAGCCACUCCUCAGUAAAAGGCACAUGACAGCCCGCUUGGAGUUUGCCAAAAGGCACCUAAAGACUCUCAGACCAUGAGAAACAAGAUUCUCUGGUCUGAUGAAACCAAGAUUGAACUCUUUGGCCUGAAUGCCAAGCGUCACGUCUGGAGGAAACCUGGCACCAUCCCUAAGGUGAAGCAUGGUUGUGGCAGCAUCAUGCUGUGGGGAUGUUUUUCAGCGGCAGGGACUGGGAGACCAGACAGGAUCGAGGGAAAGAUGAAUGGAGCAAAGUACAGAGAGAUCCUUGAUGAAAACCUGCUCCAGAGCGCUCAGGACCUCAGACUGGGGUGAAGGUUCACCUUCCAACAGGACAACGACCCUAAGCACACAGCCAAGAUGACGCAAGAGUGGCUUCGGGACAAGUCUCUGAAUGUCCUUGAGUGGCCCAGCCAGAGCCCGGACAUGAACCCGAUUUGAACAUCUCUGGUGAGACCUGAAAAUAGCUGUGCAGCGAUGCUCCCCAUCCAACCUGACAGAGCUUGAGAGGAUCUGCAGAGAAGAAUGUGAGUAACUCCCCAAAUACAGGUGUGCCAAGCUUGUAGCGUCAUACCCAAGAAGACUCGAUGCUGUAAUCGCUGCCAAAGGUGCUUCAACAAAGUACUGAGUAAAGGGUCUGAAUACUUAUGUAAAUGUAAUAUUUCAGUUUUUAAUAUUUUAUAAAUUAGCAAACAUUUCUAAAAAACGGUUUUUGCUUUGUCAUUAUGGGGUAUUGUGUGUAGCUUGAUGAGGGGAAUAAAAAAAAAAUCAACUUUAGAAUAAGGCUGUAACGUAACAAAAUGUGGAGAGAGUCAAAGGGUCUGAAUACUUUCCAAUGGCACUGUAUAUACAGUACCAGUCAAAAGUUUGGACACACCUACUUAUUCAAGGGUUUUUCUUUAUUUUUACUGUUUUCUACAUUGUAGAAUAAUAGUGAAGACAUCAACACUAUGAAAAAAGACAUAUGGAAUCAUGUAGUAACCACAAAAGUGUUACUCAAAUCAAAAUAUAUUUUAUAUUUGAGAUUCUUCAAAGUAACCACCCUUUGCCUUGAUGACAGCUUUGCACACUCUUGGCAUUCUCUCAACCAGCUUCAUGAGGUAGUCACCUGGAAUACAUUUCAAUUAACAGGUGUGCCUUGUUAAAGGUUAAUUUGUGGAAUUUAUUUCCUUCUUAAUGCGUUUGAGCCAAUCAGUUGUCUUGUGACAAGGUAGGGGUGAUGAGUCCAAAUGAGAGAUUUUUGGUUCCAACUGCUGUGUCUUUGUGAGAUGCAGAGUAGGUAAACGGAUGAUCUCCGCAUGUGUGGUUCCCACCGUGAAGCAUGGAGGAGGAGGUGUGAUGGUGUGAGGGUGCUUUGCUGGUGACACUGUCAGUGAUUUAUUUAAAAUUAAUGGCACACUUAACCAGCAUGGCUACCACAGCAUUCUGCAGCGAUACGCCAUCCCAUCUGGUUUGCGCUUAGUGGGACUAUCAUUUGUUUUUCAAUAGAACAAUGACCCAAAACACACCUCCAGGCUGUGUAAGGGCUAUUUGACCAAGAAGGAGAGUGAUGGAGUGCUGCAUCAGAUGACCUGGCCUCCACAAUCACCCGACCUCAACCCAGUUGAGAUGGUUUGGGAUGAGUUGGACCGCAGAGUGAAGGAAAAUCAGCCAACAAGUGCUCAGCAUAUGUGGGAACACCUUCAAGACUGUUGGAAAAGCAUUCCUCGUUAAGCUGGUUGAGAGAAUGCCAAGCGUGUGCAAAGCUGUCAUCAAGGCAAAGGGUGACUACUUUGAAGAAUCUAAAAUCUAAAAUGUAUUUUUAUAUUUUUAACACUUUUUUGGUUACUACAUGAUUCCAUAUGUGUUAUUUCAUAGUUUUGAUGUCUUCACUAUUAUUCUACAAUGUAGGAAACAGUAAAAAUAAAGAAAAACCCUUGAAUGAGUAGGUGUGUCCAAACUUGUUACUGGUACUGUAUAUUUUUUAACUCUUACCUUCUGAGCCUUCUGUAUAGGAGGAUAGUGGUGAUGCUGUGAUGCCGAAGACACCAAGGUUUUCUUUCCAUGUCCUCUCCAGAGAAGCAGUGUCGCCAGGCAAGCAGAGAGAGCAGAUUGCGGCCGAGACCCUGUGGCCGGGAGGAACCCUUCACCUCUGGAGAAACACCAGAACAAGCCUGUUCUCACACGCACGGGAACAGAGUCACGACGUGUCCACAUUCCCCGUCCCUUUCUGACUGGAGGCCCCUGCUGCUGGUCAUACCGCUCCGCAUGGGAAUCAACCACAUCAACCCUGUCUACAUCCAGGCCCUCAAGGUACUGGGCCAUCAAUGCUUUCUGUGAUGGGAUUGGGAAUGUCUCUGUUCUUAUUCAAUUAAACUAUGUAAUAGUCCUGUAUUUACUGUUGCCUUUAAAUAGUUAUACUGUACUGACUCCACGUGCUGUCCCAUUCAGGAGUGUUUUAAAAUGCCACAAUCCUGUGGUGUGCUGGGAGGAAAGCCCAAUCUGGCCUAUUACUUCAUCGGAUUUGUAGGUGAGUUUAAGAGGAAACUGGAACUGUUAGGGAGUAGAAAAAUAAGCUAAACCUGUGAGUUGUCUAGCCACUGUGUUCAGCAGGCCUUCCUGUGUCCUCCAGGAGAGGAGCUGAUCUACCUGGAUCCCCACACCACCCAGUCAGCCGUGGAGGCAGAGGCUGGCAGUGGAUUGGACGACCAGAGCUACCACUGUCUGAGGAGUCCACGCCGCAUGAAGAUCACCAACCUGGACCCCUCUGUGGCCCUGGUGAGAGCUGAACCCACACACCGACUACCACAGCCUGCUAUGUCACUGAGCCUCCUAUCUCAUGGGCCUUGUUUUCAUAGUUGAAUUUUAAGUGCAUGGUAGCGUGUUCUAAAAAUUUGCUCUAAUGGGAAUUUUGUAUACUGUGGUGAUGAUUUUGCCACAUAAUUGCCCAUCAAAAUUCGGUCUGUUUUUAAGGGAUUUUUUUGUAAGAGUGAAGAUGACUUCGACAGUUGGUGUAACCUGGUCCAGCAGGUAAGAGUAAUCCACUCAAGUCACAAGUCGAUGUAGAUGGAUAUUGUCCGGUGGUUGAGACCCAUGUUGUUGUCCUUUAAGGAGAUCCAGAUGAAGAGGAACCUGCGGAUGUUUGAGCUGGUGGAGAAUCACCCGUCCCACUGGCCCCCCUUCUUUCCUCCCACCAAACCAGAGGUCCAGACCACAGGGGCAGGUACGAGCUUAGCCACCGGACAGAUCCAAUAAUAUUACACCAAUAACAAGCAACCCUGGCUGCAAAUAACUAUAAGGAUAUCAAGCUUCCACUCUCUUGUAUUUCCCUAUAUUGUUUUGAAGUGACAGUAUAGGUCUAUACAUUAAGUGUAUUUAUUUAUUUAUUUAUUGAAACUCCUGUGUAGUGUUUAAUCUCAACUGAAACAUACAAACCAAAAUUAAGUGUGUUGUGUCAAACUGCUUACUUUUGUUCUCUUUUUGAACAGAGUUAAUCGAAUCGACCGACAAGCUGUUUGAGUCUGAAGAGGAGUUUGAGAUCCUCAACGUGUGACCAGCCUCCCUUGCGCUCCCCUCCCCUCCGCCCAGUCCAGUGGAUGAUGGUGAUUGGGUGGAUUCCCUUGGCUCCCAUGUUCCAUACUGUGCUGUAGAAGUGCCUCAGAACAACACCAAGCACAAACUGCUUACCACUUUGCAAAAAACACUAACAACCCAGCAAGAGACAAAUACUAGAUAAGGAAAGAUCCUGGACAACAACUCAAGACCGUGACCAAAGGAAGGCAGGAACAUGGUGUAUACAGUAAAUGCAAGCUUGCACUGUCUCAUUUUGAUGUUGUAACCAGGAAACAAAGCCAGGGACCAUGGUUGUCUUUAUAUGAAACAGGCUUUCUUUGGAAGUCUGUGUUAGAGUUGUUUAAUGAACAAGAGAGACGAAGACCGUUCAGAUGUAUGAACCGCAUUGUACUGCAAGAGGUACAGUGAGACUACACCUCUGCUGUGGCAGGGAGAGGACCUAGGUGAAGACAGGCACGAGGAUGAUACGUCUGAAGAAGCCAUUUCCUCAGCACACACUACCUCCUGACGCCAGGAGACAAAUAUAUGCAGACAUCUGGGGGGUUUUCAGUGUUAAAAUACAAACAUACAACCAAUAACUUGUUUAUUAAGAAAAGUGCCUCUUAACUAUAUGUGUUCAAUGGUUGGGGAGGGAAAGGGUUUUCCCAAGGUAUUGGACAGGGGGAUGUGGAACACCCACCCUCUGCACACUCUUGUAAAUAUGCCUGACAAUAAAGAUAUUUAAAGACUUUGCUCAGCCUCGGGGUUGAUAUUGCCUCUUAGCGCCAUCUUCCUCACGUUUCAUUUGUGAGAAGACGCUAGUGUUGUGGAAAUGGAAUGUGUAGACUAGAGCCUGGAGUGAUCAUUAGCAAAACUGCCUCUUUCCAUCGUUAUUAACCUAACCCUCCAGCUUUUUCCAGCUAACCCUUGUCCACUGAU